AUGCCACCAGCAACUUACCAGUAUAUCCUUACCGGCCCGGGUGCAACUAUUUUCGCUGUAGAUCAGCGUGGUUAUCUCUACCUCAAUGUGCCCACAAUCGAUGCCGAUCCACCAAACCCGUCUUCCUAUCGACUAAACGUCCAAGCACGAGAGGUUGAUACGACGCCGAUAAGAAGCAGUGAACCGGUUACCAUCAUUAUUCACGUUUUGGAUGCCAAUGAUAACCCACCGCAAUUUGAAUUACCGAUCUAUACCGUGAAUGUAACAUCUUUCGGGGAUGAGCGACCUGUGGUUAAGGUUGUCGCAAGUGACCCUGAUUCUGGAAGCUACGGUGAGAUCCAUUAUCGGAUCAUACAGGUAACAUAUCCUAUUUAUGUCAUAUCUUUUAUUUUGAAAUGAAA